UUUGGGCCGCCUGAUCUAAAUCCUAUGAGACUGUUCCUCCCCGCAAAUCCAUCACUUAACCUCUGUCGUUCAAAAGGGUAAGUGCUGAGAUUCAGAAAAACUACAAAUCCCAUAAAGUAUAGCACGUCGAGGGCUUUUGGAGAGCAUGAUCGGCCGCGGCGCAGGCGCGGGCUUGAUAGCGGAGAAACAUGGCUGCCCCAACGUUUACUGCGAGGUUGUAUUCGCUGCUGUUCCGCAGGACCUCCACCUUCGCCCUCACCAUCGCGGUGGGAGCCUUGUUCUUCGAGCGCGCCUUCGAUCAAGGCGCGGACGCGAUCUACGAACACAUCAACCAGGGGAAGCUGUGGAAACACAUCAAGCACAAGUAUGAGAAUAAGGAGUAGUUCCUUAGAGACCCCUACCCACGUGGAAAGGACCAGGUCCACCCACCAGCUGUUUGCCCAAAACCAGGGCCUCAGCCUGAAGAUGAUGCUCAGAUUACUCUUCAUCGACCACCUUUAGCUGUUGGCAAGAAGCGGCUUCACCUGACAGACUCUUUAACUUCUGCUGUGUUUGAACUAUGUUUGGUCAGAGUCAUCAGCAAAUAAAUGUAAAUUGUCCU